AUGAAGGAGGUGGCGCACUGGUCCCCCAGGAAGGUGGCAGACUGGCUGCUGGAGCACGCCAUGCCCGAGUACUGUGAGCCCCUGGAACACUUCACGGGCCGGGACCUGAUCGGCCUGACCCGGGAGGACUUCACGCGGCCGCCCCUGUGCCGCGUGUCAGCCGACAGCGGGCAGCGGCUCCUGGACAUGAUCGAGACCCUGAAGGUGGAGCAGCACAUGGAGGCGCACAAGAACGGCCACGCCAACGGGCACCUGGGCGCAGGCGCGGCCGGCCCCGGCCUCCAGGCCACGCCCAACGGGGUGCCUAACGGCUACCGGAAGGAGAUGAUCAAGAUCCCCAUGCCCGAGCCCGAGCGCUCCCAGUACCCCAUGGAGUGGGGCAAGACCUGCCUGGCCUUCCUGUACGCGCUGUCCUGCUUCGUCCUCACCACGGUGAUGAUCUCGGUCGUCCACGAGCGAGUGCCUCCCAAGGAGGUGCAGCCCCCGCUACCGGACACGUUUUUUGACCAUUUUAACCGCGUGCAGUGGGCCUUUUCUAUCUGUGAGAUUAACGGCAUGAUCCUCGUAGGACUCUGGUUAAUUCAGUGGCUGCUCUUAAAAUACAAGUCUAUCAUUAGCAGAAGAUUUUUCUGCAUAGUCGGCACGCUGUACCUCUACCGCUGUAUCACAAUGUAUGUAACCACACUCCCGGUGCCCGGUAUGCAUUUCAACUGCUCUCCGAAGCUGUUCGGAGACUGGGAAGCACAAGUGCGGAGGAUAAUGAAGCUCAUUGCCGGUGGCGGCCUGUCCAUCACCGGCUCUCACAACAUGUGCGGGGACUACCUGUACAGCGGCCACACGGUCAUGCUCACGCUCACUUACUUAUUUAUCAAAGAGUAUUCCCCUCGACGACUGUGGUGGUACCACUGGAUUUGCUGGCUCCUCAGCGUGGUUGGGAUCUUCUGUAUUCUCUUAGCGCAUGACCACUACACUGUGGACGUGGUGGUGGCGUAUUACAUCACCACAAGACUCUUCUGGUGGUACCACACUAUGGCCAAUCAGCAAGUGCUCAAAGAAGCUUCCCAGAUGAACCUCCUGGCUAGGGUGUGGUGGUAUAGGCCGUUUCAGUACUUUGAAAAGAACGUCCAAGGAAUCGUACCUCGAUCUUACCACUGGCCCUUCCCCUGGCCGGUGGUCCACCUCGGGAGGCAGGUGAAAUACAGCCGCUUGGUGAACGACACAUAACGGCCGCACCAAGCGGGGGACGAGGACCCUUUCCAAGUGCUGAGAACUCCAGUGAGAGCAGAUGCCAUAAACAGACGAUCCCGGUAUCUUUCAGCCGUUUCCUUGACUUAACCUAUUGAGUUACCUGGUCAGCACUGUGAUCUUUUUUUCUCUCCAAAGGACCUGCGUGGGACAACAAUAAAGAAAACGUAACCUAUCAUGCACUGCACACAUUUCCUGUUCGUGAGUCCGGGGUUCCGCAUAAGCUGCAUCACCACGUUCCUUUGUAUACGAUGCAACAGCAUAAAUGUAAGCUUUUCUAUCAUCCGUUCUGGUCUUUCCAGUCACAUCUGGAAAAUAAAGCGUAUUAUUUUCUUGGGAAAACAUACUUUUCAUAUCUCUUGCCCCAAAGAUUGGGCUGUAAGCCAUUUUCUAGCAAAUGUCUCUAUGAAGGUUUCUAAGUACCUGAAUGGGGUUCGAUUCUGAAAUCUUUCUACCUGUUGCACCGCUAUUCAAAUAAAAAAUGACAGACACAGAAAGGUGUGGUAACUUUGGGUUUUGUAAAAAGCAGAGAGAGUGUGUCAAAAAGUGCAAAAAAAAAAAAAAAAAAGAUUCUGUUAUAAAGUGAUUUUCUAAGUAUUUCCUAACUUUAUUUUUCAAAAUGAUGUUAUGAAAACCAAAUUUCAAGAUUUUUACAUGUCAGAGAGAAGAGAGUUAAAAUUUAAAAAAAAAAUGCUUGGGAGAGAAAUUUGUCUAUGUUUCUAGUGCCUUUCUUGUCUUGAUUGUAUGGUCAGUAGGCAAUCUUAAAUGUUUUUAUUUAAAAUAAAAUAUUCCAUGAAAAUAUAAAUGUAUGUAUACACUACUAAAUUUUGCAUUUAUAGCUAAAUUAAAUCUGAAGACUGCUUAUGGUUUUUAAAUUGCUAUGAAUUAACGAAUGGGGGAGUUAAUUAGAAAAUCAGAGCCCUGUUCCCAUAUUGUGAGCAGGUGGCAAUGACAUGUACCACUUAAAUUAUUUUAUCAUCUAUUUGGUGGUUCGAUUUUAACUAUACAGUGAAAACAGCCAUGAAUACUUUGUUUUUAAAAAGAGAGUUUUGAAAAUGAUCACUUAACUAAAACUUGAAAGCUAUAAAUUAGUUAUCCAUACUCUGAUGACAAUUUUGUUGGUGAACAACAAAACAGAGAUCUAUUUCUUUAAAAUAUAUUUGUGCAGAAACUGCAUGUAUCUCUAAGUUUUACUCCUAACAGAAGUAUGUUUGGGGAAGUAUUCUAUUCCAUACUUGCCAAUGUGGAGAACAAAAUAGUUUUUUAAGAAUGAAGAAGUAUAUAUAUCCAUUCUGUAUUUUACGUGCAGCAGAAUUAUCUUCCGUAGGGUUUUUUUUUUUCCUGUGUAUUCACAAGGUGAUAUUUGUAUUGUAAAACAAUAAUGGUGAAGGAAAUAAAAAGGCUUUUAAAAUUUUGUUUGUUUUAAAUAUUUGUAAAGUUAUUAUUAUUCCAGAGAGUAUACUGAUAUCUUAACAGCUUACCUAGACCGUAAAUUAAUCAAAAUGCACUUUUUAAUAAAACCUGAUACUUAAAACAUAAA